AUGCAACUACAUCAAAAUCUAGUGUUUGCCAUAUUUAUCUUGGCUAACGCUUGCUUUGCUGUUAAAGAUUACCUUUUCAAGUCUUGUGAACAAAAUGGAUUCUGUCAUAGAAAUAGACACUAUGCUAAUGAAGUAAAGUUGGACUCCAGUUUCAAAUCACCAUACAAUAUCAUUCCCGAGAGUGUGUCGGUAAAGGGCAGUGUUGUCAAGGGAAUUGUAGUAAAGGAAUCACCUCAUAUAAGUGCUCGUGUGGAAUUUCCUUUCGAAAUAGAUGUAAUUGGUGAUAGCUUUCAUUUCAAAUUGGAUGAGAAUAGAGAACCCCACCAACAGAUAGUAAAUCAUAGAAGAUACAAUGAAACAUCUAAAUGGGCAUUUGCAGAAGGGGUAGAAAUCAACAAAGACGCAAAGUUUGAUAAAAGCAAGAGCUCAAUUGAUGUUUCAUAUGGAAACAAUAAGGUUUCGAUUCAAUUCAACCCAGUCAAACUCUCGUUCUUUUACAAAAACAAAGAAGUAUUGGUCAUCAACGAUAAACAGUUUUUAAACAUUGAACCUUAUAGACUAGAAGAACAUAAUGGGGACCAUCUUUUGCCUCAAGAAUCAUCCUUUAAUAUGUUUUCCGAUGAUUUUGCUGAUUCCAAAAAUGACAAGCUUCCCCUAGGACCAGAAUCGAUUGGCUUAGACUUUUCCUUAAAAGGCUUUAAUAACUUCUAUGGUAUUCCUGAACAUGCGGAUUCGUUGUUGUUAAAAGACACCAAUGGAAAGGAGCCUUAUAGACUAUACAACGUCGAUAUAUUUGAGUAUGAAACCGAUUCAAGGUUGCCCAUGUAUGGGUCAAUACCAUUAAUAAUGGCAGUUAAUGCCGGGGCAGCUUUGGGGAUAUUUUGGGUGAAUGGUGCUGAUACAUAUAUUGACAUCACAAAGGGUAAAGAGUCGACCAUUCACUGGAUGUCAGAGAAUGGUGUCUUGGAAUUUGUAAUUAUUGUUGAGGAUACUCCUGAGCAAGUGAACAAGGAGUAUGGAAAACUCACUGGAAACACUCAAUUGCCAAUACUUUCAAGUUUGGGUUAUCAUCAAUGUAGAUGGAACUACAACGAUGUAAAGGAUGUAUUAGAGGUCAGUUCCAAGUUUGAUGAGUUUGAAAUUCCUUAUGACACGAUUUGGUUGGAUAUUGAGUAUGCUGAUGAGAAGAAAUACUUUACUUGGGAUCCAGAAAAAUUUGCUGAUCCUGGACACAUGCUAAAAGAGUUGAACCGCACUGGUAGGAACCUUGCCGUGAUUAUUGAUCCUCAUAUUAAAACCGGGUAUGAAGUAAGUGAUGCAAUAAUUUCAAAAGACCUUGCCAUGAAAAAUAAUGAAAACAAUGUGUAUUAUGGACAUUGUUGGCCAGGAGAGUCAGUGUGGAUAGAUACACUCAACCCCAAAAGUCAAUCAUUUUGGAACGAUCUACACAAGACGUUUAUGAUUUCCGAUGAGUACAAGAAUUUGAAACUUUGGAAUGACAUGAAUGAACCAUCUGUAUUCAAUGGGCCUGAAACGAGUGCACCAAAGGAUAAUAUACAUCACGGACAGUGGGAACACAGGUCCAUCCACAAUGUCUAUGGUUUGACCUAUCACGAAGCGACAUUUAACUCACUACUCAAUAGGCUACCCAGCCAAAGACCAUUCAUUCUAACUCGUUCUUAUUUUGCUGGCAGUCAGAGAACAGCGGCAAUGUGGACAGGUGACAAUAUGUCUAAAUGGGAUUAUUUGAAAAUAUCCAUACCAAUGGUUCUCACUUCAAACAUUGUUGGGAUGCCAUUUGCCGGUGCUGAUGUAGGGGGGUUUUUCGGUAAUCCUCUGAGUGAGUUACUCACUAGAUGGUACCAAGCAGGAAUCUGGUAUCCAUUCUUUCGUGCACAUGCUCACAUUGACUCUAGAAGAAGAGAGCCUUAUUUGAUUGGCGAUCCAUAUACGUCGUAUAUCAGAGAUGCAAUCAAAUUGAGAUAUAAAUUAUUGCCUGUUUUCUACACUAGUUUUUACGAGGCAUCGAAAACAGGAGCACCGGUUUUGAAACCAGUAUUUUAUGAAUACCAAGACCUGGAUGAUGCAAAAAUUUACAACACUGAAGAUGAGUUUUUUGUUGGAAAUUCAGGAAUUUUGGUAAAGCCAGUGACAGAUGAAGGAGCGAAAACGGUUUCCUUUGUUGCACCAAACUAUGACAAGGAACACUUUUAUGAAUUUACCAAUGGAAUAAUUAGUGAUACAAUUUACACCAACGGAAUUAAAGCUGAGUUGAGUGAUGUUCCAAUGUUGUUGAAAAGUGGAUAUAUUGUACCAUUGAAGAAUAGGUACAGAAGAUCAACAAGAUUGAUGAAAUAUGAUCCAUACACUUUGAUAAUUGCAUUGAAUAGGAACGGCAAAGCCACUGGCCAAUUGUACACUGACGAUGGUGAAUCAAUUGAUCCAGAGUUUAAGCUAAUAUCUUUUGCUGUUGAUAAACAUGGUAUUGCCGCUAAUUCCACGGGACUGUAUGAUUUCCCCGUUGAAUUUGAAAAGAUAAUCAUGGUUGGUGCUGAUUUUGUCGUUGAUACCGUUAGCUCUGGUAAAUUGGUCAAAGAAUCAAACAAGAUUGUAAUCAAAAAUCCAAGAGAGUUUCCUAUAAAGUUUGGACGUGGGUCACGGAAGCAUGAUGAGUUGUAA